AUGAGUAGCGAUACGAGCCCCCCCGGAGGCUAUCGCCCUCCUCUACAAGCGGCCGCCUCCAUCCCAUCCAGUAUCGCUGAUGUGGGCAGGAAAAACAGUUCGUCGCCAUUACGCAGUUGCGGGUUGGCGGACGCGGCAUCCAUGUGGGACGAGACCCGUAGUGUGUCCAGCUCUGUCCGCUCUAUCCGUCGCCGUCGCGGCGGUGAAGUCAGCGGCGCCGGCGCUGCGGAGGGGAGGGACUGGACGCAGGCGUUCAUGGACCUCGAGCAAAUGCGGAGGGAGAAUCAAGAACUCCUUCACGGGUCGCUCCGCGGCGACCGCUCCGAGACCGGCACCCUUCUCGACGACACGUUUGCCGGCUCUCGCUCAGAGUCGUCCGCCAUAAGCUCCGUGCGACGGCGCCGACGUGGCAUGGCGGCAGGCGUCAGCGCCAGCGGCAGCAGACUUGUGAGCGGCGUUUCCUUUGAAAAGUCUUUGUCCGGCGCUCCCGUCGUGGCAGAGUCUGUCACCGAUACUGCAGAGGCGGAGGCCUCAGCAGCGGCACCGGCAUCGGCGGGAGAGGCGAACAGCCGCAACCAUGGUAGUACAAGCGGCGCCGCUGAGGAACGACUCACCUCCUCGCCACCGCCGACCACCUACUUGUCCGCGGAUGCGGAUACGCAGAGCCGCUCCACGCUUCCAGAGCCGGGUCACACCUCUGGGCUCCCGGACUGGCUAAAGCGGCCGACGGUCGAGGAGCGGCGAGCCUCUAUGGCGAAGGCUCUGACGAAUGCCAGCGCGGCUGCUCCGACGGAGGCGACGGAGGCGACGGAGACGACGAAGAGAGGAGAGGUGUCGGUGUGCGCGCCAGCCUCUUCGCCGGUUUGUUCGCUCAUCAUCGAUGCACCAGUCAAGAAGCUGAACGAGGCCGCAUGCCCCUCCUCGCUGGCAACCAAGUCGUCGACACAUGCGAACCCACCAAUCCGUCAUUUCGCAUCGCCGAUGCAGAAAGCGCGCGCAGACCCUGCCAGGGCAGGUGCACCGUCGCCGUCGCGUGGGUCAUGCUCCAGAAUGGUUGCGGCCAAUUCGAGCGCAACCGCGCCGACCUCCAACGCGUCUUCUCCAUCGCCAACGACUGCAGCGGCCACUCUUGUAGUAGGCGCAGCAGCUGCUUGCCCUACAAGGUGUGCGUCGCCUUCGUUCAGCGCCGCAUCGCAACGGCUCGCACAGACCUACAUGGCACGCCAAACGAAGGCCACCGCGGUGGGCAUAGUACCGUCCUCGUCUUCGGGCGGAAAUGCGCGCUUCUCUCCCACUCCUGUCAGGGCCGCCGUCUCACCCGUGUUGACCGCCUCUCCAGAUCCGCCUGCAGCCCCGACUGCGGCGAAGGCGGCCUACACUCCAUCAAAACAUUCGGCAGAAGUGCCAGCUGCCGUCCCACCUGCUGUUAAACCUGCUAAAGAGAAGCCCCGCGCCAGUGCGUCGUGCGUCUUGGCGCGCGUCUCCUUCGAGGCCAAGUCGGGGUCGCCGGAACUACGGCCACAGCUUCUGCCGGCUGAAGUCGAGGCCGGCCGCCCAACCACAAUGGAGUUAAAGGCACCAGCGCCGAGUAUGACGGCAACCGUGGCGGAACCGCCGUCCCUCUGUAAUGCGCUUGAGGCACCCAACGCACCUGUCUACCGAAAACAAACAGCUCUUCACGAUAGGGCAGCGAGUGCAGUGCGAACUUUGCGCGGCGCGGGGCAGCCGAACGCCCUCUCCAGGCUCGCCGCUGAGGACGUGACCCGGAGCGGUGAGAAGAGUCGGACUGCCCCCCGCGUCGCCGCCUCCGUGCCGAGACAGCGCAAGUGCUCCUUUGUGGACCGCCUCUCUCGCGAAGGGACUGCGUUCGGCCCCUCACAACCGAAAGGUGGUGCUGCCCCGCUUACGGGCGCCGUUGGACUGCUCAACCGCACCACUGUCCUCACGGAGCUGCGACGCCAGGAAGUGAUGCGUGACCGUCUCGCACGGGAGCACAAGACUGCCGAGGAGGCCCGUGCUCGGCUCGCGGUUCUGAAGCAGGCAGAGGUGAGCAGGAUCAAUGCUUCCGGCGCACACGCUGUAGAGGCGGAGUCGUCGGUCCGUGCCGUAACGGGCUCUGCCGAGGCCCGGUCAUCGUCGCCGCAGGACACGUCGCAGCACGUCUCGAAGGACCGGCGGCGCUCGUUGGCGGUGACGCAGCCGCGCAUGCCACACAAACGUGUCGCGCUGACGAGUCCUUCGCUCACCGCAGCAGCGGUGCCGGCAAACGGUCUGCGCGCGUGCACGCAGCACCCUAGCCACGUAGGCGCUCCACGGUCCAGCGAGGUCGUCGGAGCCGCCCCUUCGAAAAUACACAGGACAAACACUAGCGUGACGUUGCUGCUCUCCGCUAGCACCCCGAAAGGCGAUCGUGGUCACUGUUUGCGUGGAGAGAGGCCGAAAAGCAGUCCAUCGCUCACAGGUGCUGAGGCCUUUGCGCACCUGCGGAAGCCGUUAGAAAGCACCGUGCUCUUGGGAACCCAGCCCCACCUUCUGUCGGCGGCCGUACGCAAAGACGCGGCUGCCGCAGCGAACGCCAACAGCAGGAAUCCUGCCACAAACGGAGGUGUGUGGCGAGAACAGCAUUGGCCGAACAUCAUGUUUGCCCCUCCGCAGCCGUCUUCCGCGGAGACGGGAAAAGUCUCGUCCGCACCGGCCAAAAAGGCAUGGCCUCAGCCCGAUGCCACCGCAUUGAUUGGACCCGUUGCCGCCACGACGGUGUCUCUGGCCCAGCCCGCACCGUAUAGGACUGCGCCCAGCUUGGCGACCACCGGGCAGCUGCGUCCCUUGCCGUUUUGCGCGGAAUGUGGCUAUCGUCACAUGGAUGACGUGGCCAAGUUCUGCACUGUGUGCGGCCAAAGGCGCGCCUACCUCUGCUGCUAA